AGGUGUCAUAGGCCGGCCCCCGCCCGUGUAAUGAAACUCUGCCUUCCCAGCAGCCUCCUCCCCUGUCUUGUUGCUCUUUCCCUCAACCACCCCGGGACUUCCCUGGCUGAAGCCACACUACAGAGGAGUAGCCCGGGGUCUUCAAGAGAGAAGAGAAGCGCAGCCAAGCAGGCUGGGAACAGCCUAAAGACAACUGGACUAUAGAGUGCAGCUAUAUUAGAGUCAUGUUGAUGUAGAAGCCCUUAUAUUUCAUUGUUUAAGCAGCAUUGGAUUGAUUUUGGCUUGGGGGUUCUGGUCAACUGGGAUUUCCCUUCCCUCACCCUAUAAACAGGAUUGCAAAGAGCAGAGCUAAUAUAAAGAAACUAGUACAAUGCCUGUACCUCCUCCUCCACCACCUCCUCCAGCAGCACCGCCUCCUCCUCCUCCUCCUCCAUCAUUUUCCAAGGGACAAGCUGCAACUCCAAAACUGAACCAAGGAGACUCAGGGGGUCGAUCAGCGCUAUUGUCAGAUAUUCACAAAGGGGCUCGUUUGAAAAAAGUGACCCAGAUCAAUGACAGAAGUGCUCCGCAAAUUGACGGUGAAAAGAAAAGCAGCAGCUCAGGAAAUGGCAGGGGUGCUGUGGCACCCCCUAGUGGGGGGUUAUUUGCUGGGGGAUUUCCAGUGCUUAAACCUCCAGGUCAAAGAGAUACAUCAGGAAAUAAAAGUGCCCUGCCUGUGAAACCUGGUGUUAAUACCCUCCAUACUCCUGGUCUGCCAAAACGCCCAACAUCUCCUGCACCAGCCACCAUAGCAAUGAGAGCUCCACCGCCCCCACGACCAACUAUUCUUGGCCCACCGCCUACACCCUCAGUGAGCAGCAAACCUCAGAUGAUGUUGGCAAAUGCUACAAUUUCUCAGGCCUAUAAAGAGCGAUCUACAAAUCACCCUCCUUUGCCGCCAUUUUUUCCACAAGGCAACAAAUCUCCAAAGGCUCCGAGGCCUCUCUCUCAGAGUUUUCCACCACCUCCACCUCCAUUACCAUCACAUCCUCCUCCUGCUCCACCUUCUGGAUAUACUGGAAAAACAGAUGAUUCUUACCCACCCCCUCCAAGUACAGCAGAUGAGUUCCCUAAAACUUACCCUUCCCUUCCUGAAAGAGAUUAUCCAGCAUUUCCCCCACCGCCCCCUCCACCACCUCCACUUCACUUAUCACUUGCUUCUAAACGUAGAUUAUCUGAACCUUUGCCACCACCCCCGCCCACUGUCUUAGAUCAAAGUAAUGCACCUUCUCGUCCCAUGAAGAACCCUCCUGCGCUGCCUCCACCCCUACAUGGAAGAAAUGUGAAAGUCACAGGAUCCAAUGGUUCAAGGUUAGUUCCUCCACCGCCGCCACCAAUAAGAUCCCCUUCGACAGAAUUAACUAGCAGGCAGCAGACAAAUCAGAAUGUGCCACACAAGAAUUCCACUCAGCAGGCAUAUCCUCUUUCUAAAGCCGGAAGCAUGAAUCACCUAGAUGACUUUGAGUCUAAGUUCCCCUUUCAUUCAGUGGAGGACUUUCCACCUCCUGAAUAUUAUGAGCCUAUUAAGCGGUUAUAUCCCAGCAAGUCUAUCAAAGUGCGCCAUAAUCCACCACCUCCUCCUCCUUUGAGACCCCAGAUCAGAUGAGACUAACUUACAGCACCUAAAAUAAAGGAAGUGAAAAGGGCAGAGCAAAUCCUUUAUCCGGAAACCCAUUACCAGAAAGCUCCGAAUUAUGGGAAGGCCAUCACCCAUAGACUCAAUUUUUAGCAAAUAAUUCACAUUUUUAAAAAUUAUUUCCUUUUUCUGUAAUAAUAAAACAGUACCAUGUACUUGAUCCCAACUAAAAUAUAAUGAAUCCUUAUUGGAGGCAAAACAAUCCUAUUGGAUUUAUUUAAUGUUUAGAUUAUUCUUAUGAAUUCUAAUUUUGUUCUAAACAAUUUUCUUUUUUCUCUGUAGUAAUUAAACAGUAGCUUGUACUUGGAGGUAACUAAGUUGCAUGAAGUCAUAUUGGUGGCAUAACAAUCCUAUUGGGUUUAUUUAGUGUUUAAAUAAUAUUUAGCAGAAGGUAUGGAGAGCCAAGUUACUGAAAGAUCCCCCAGGUCCCAAGCAAUCUGGAUAAUAUAUUAAGUUUAGGUGUGGAAUCUAAUUGUGCCUCUCUGUGAUGUAGUUCAAACACCAGUCAUAAAAAAAUAUAUCUGAGCCAGGAUAACCCAUGGCUUGUAUUGGGUAUAUCUGCUGUAUUCUUUAUGAAGUAUUGACUGACAUUAUUAUGUACAUAUUUUUAAAUAAAUGUGCAGAUAUUAAUAUAUACAAUAUUGCUUGUUAAAUAAUGUCCCAUGAUGCUGCUUAUAGAGAUGAGGAUUGCAGGAUAAAGUAUAUGGGUAAUAAGCUUUUACCAGGUAUUUUUUUCUUAAAGUGGUUGUAAACCCAAUCAUAACCAUGUCCCCCUGUGCCCCCUAGUUUUGCUAUAGAAGUUGUCAAAAAACGUAAUUAUAGAUGCAAGAAAAUUUACCAGUGAGCAUUUUACUAACUAAAACCCUCAUUAUAAGUGAAAGAGAAGUGACCAAUGAGAACACUGAUUCCCAGCACUAUGUCAGGCAUCUUUCUGUUAUCUUACAUAAAUUUCCCUUGUCGCAGGUGAUUAAUCUCCCUGAUAUGCCAUCCCAUCGGCUAGAAUGUAAAUCGCUGGUGGGAUGGCAUAUGUGGAGCUGAAAACGCCAAGGUUUCCUCUCAAGGAGGUCCCCAGGGUUAUAUUUCAUCAAUUUAAUCUCAAAAUAAGUGUAAUUUUAAUAUAUUUUGAUAUAUAGUUUGUUCAUUUGCCACUUGGGGGAAAAUUCAAGAUUUUGGCACAACAAAAAUAACACAAGUAAGAGCUUUUUCAAAAGUCCAAAAACAACAACCUCAAAAAUAAAACCACAAUGGAGUUUUUCUUGGCAAAAUUUUGAAAUGAAGCAAGUUGCAGUUUAACAGAAUAAAAAACUUGCCACCUAAAACCUGUCGAGACGGCAUAGCAGUCAGUGGGAAGUGUAUUUUCUGCAAUUAUUUGCCAUCAUGACAAAAUGCGAUCUUUGGAAUAGUGGUGGAUUAAUUUUGUUAAAAUUAUGCAUGUUUUUUAAUAUUCAAAAACACUGUUGUUAAUAAAUAUGAUUUAAGGUGACAUGACAGCUCUGUGUACAGUUUGCAAAGUUUGAAAGAACAUUAAAAUACCUGUGUAGCUUUUUA